AUAGGCUAAAUCGACCGGACGUUAAAUAUCUAUGGUAUGUCUCCGGAACUUUAUAUCCCAUGAUUCCUUUUUCCGUCGUCCUCUUUCCCUUUUGCAGCAAUGUCUAAGAGAGGUAAGAGACUUGCUAAGGAAUAUCCACAUUCAUCUACCCGUUUGCCGAAUGUCUAACAUAGGAAAAUAAUGUUAUUUGGAUAAUGGUCGUUUUAUGAAUAAUUGUCAUUCAUAUUGGCUUGAAAAUGUGAAGGACUGAGUAUUAUUCAAAGGGAUGAUUUUAGGCGCUUGUUACGGAAGCCAUGUUUGCUGUCACCGCUGAUUAGCUUUUGGCUUGUUAACUAAAAUACAUUAACUGGUGAGCGUAUGCUCUAAGCCCUCACGUAUAAACACAUUUGCCAUUCCAGUACAAUGCCCAACAAAUGUGUGGCAAGUGAACUUGUGUGAGUGGUGUUAUAACUGGUGCUUGUUAGCAUAGCGUCUCUGACUAAGAGCAGGCAUUACUGCGAAUCAUGCAUGGACACCGCUGAAGCCCUAGGCUGACUAACGUUCGCUACUGUAGGUACGUGUGAAGUCUUCUCAAUGAUUUCCCCGGCUAGCCAAAUUGAGCCACGGUGUAUUGCUUUUUAUCUUCAAAUAGGGGGAUUCUUCCUCCAAAACAUUGAACCAAAGCUACUGAUUUAAUCUAAUUGAACGUUAGUUUCCUCCAACUCGUCCCAGGCCAUGCAAAUAACUAGCUAGCUAUCACCUUACAGCAGUCUACUCACAACUAGCUGGCCAAUUAAUUUGCAAGCUACCCUGGUUGGGGGCAUUAGACAAGGGGUAGAACUGUCAAAAUGGGAUGCCUUUUUGUAGUGCAAACAGUAACGUUAGCUCAAUUGGUAGAGCAUGGCGCCUGUAACGCCAGGGUAGUGGGUUCGAUCCCCGGGACCACCCAUACGUAAAAAUGUAUGCACACAUGACUAAGUCGCUUUGGAUAAAAGCGUCUGCUAAAUUGCAUAUUAAAAGUGUGGAGUCACUCCUAAUCUUGAGGCCUUAUGGUUUGGUUGUGUGGUGACUUGUAUAAUUCCUCCCACAUAGUGCUGUAGCUGCAUGUUCUUGGCAGUAGUUUUAAUCUGAAAAGAAAAUGACUAAAUGUGAAGUUGAACCCCUUUCAAAAAGCACUUGCUUUGUCUGGUCAGUAGCUGGGUGAGUUGUCGAAGAAGGGUAUAGUAAUCAUCACUGGUGGGUGAGAUGGCAGUCACCUGUACUGAACAAUCUCAAUCCGUGAUGGAACAACUUGGAUCAUCUUUGCCUGAUUAUAGCAGUGUGCUUUCAGUCUCAGCACCAUGUAAUGUUUACUUCAGUUGAAUCUCUUCUCUUGUUCAGGACGUGGUGGGUCAUCUGGGGCGAAGUUUCGCAUCUCGCUGGGUCUCCCAGUGGGUGCUGUCAUCAACUGCGCUGACAACACGGGUAUGUUACACUCAGAUCUGUUAGAAUAUAUAUAUCCCUUAAAAAAGCACUUGCUUUGUCUGGUCAGUAGCUCGGUGAGUUGUCGAAAAAGGGUAUAGAAAGAUCAUCACUGUGGGUGAGAUGGCAGUCUCAUUUUGGCUGACCAAUCUCAAUCAGUGAUGGGACAUUUCAUGUAUUUCAACCUUGUCUUGAAAUAGCCUACAAGGAUCUGUACCUUGAAUCAAGCCUGGGCAGUGGAACCAUCUGUCAUAUAUUCACCAUAUUCUUCCCCCUUUCUCACCAGGUGCCAAGAACCUGUACAUCAUCUCUGUCAAGGGCAUCAAGGGACGUCUGAACCGUCUGCCCGCUGCUGGUGUGGGUGACAUGGUCAUGGCCACCGUCAAGAAAGGCAAGCCAGAACUCAGAAAAAAAGGUGAGUGUUCUGCAUUAUGUAUUCAAUUACUAGAAUAGGAUGAAUGACGUCACUAUAUAAUGCUUGAACUGAGACUAGCUAAUUAAUAGAUUAUGGCGGUUUGAUAAUUGGCAUAGUAAUUUGAUUGCUCUUUUAAAAUGACUUGUCGUUUUACAUUUACAUUUUAGUCAUUUAGCAGACGCUCUUCUCCAGAGCGACUUAGUCAGUGAGUGCAUACAUUUUCAUACUGGCCACCCGUGGGAAACGAACCCACAACCCUGGCGUUGCAAGUGCCAUGCUCUACCAGCUGAGCUACAGGUGUUUUCACCACAGUGGUAGUCCCAGACCAAUCGUUUAACUGAAGGUAGAAAAUCAACAGUGCGGAGAUGCGAGUUAUGGCAGAAUAACUUCCAUAAUCUGUCAGGUAGCUGCAUUCUGAUAGUCUUCCUCUUUCCCACAGUGCAUCCUGCGGUUGUGAUACGGCAGCGGAAGUCGUAUCGGCGAAAGGAUGGCGUGUUUCUCUACUUUGAAGACAAUGCAGGGGUCAUAGUGAAUGUGAAAGGAGAAAUGAAAGGUGCGUUGGGAUUUUGAGUCUUUGGUCCCCCAUACCAAGUCAUGAAGGUUCUUCAAGCCUCUUCAUAAUGAUGUUUGGCUGGGCUUCUUUGAGUGCAUUUCAAAUUCUAGAUGUUGAUUUUGACACUAUAUUGCUAAAUAUAAAUGACACCCCUUCAAAAAGCACUUGCUUUGUCUGGUCAGUAGCUGGGUGAGUUGUCGAAGAAGGGUAUAGUAAUCAUCACUGUGGGUGAGAUGGCAGUCUCAUUUUGGCUGACCAAUCUCAAUCAGUGAUGGGACAUUUGUGUUCACUGGAUAGUGGUCAUCCUUGGAAUACAUUUAGAUAUAGUGACAUAAUGGCGGCAGUGUGAUUCUCUACCUUUCUCCUGGAAGUGUGUACGUCCUCACUCAGUCAUUGAUUAAAAAAGAUUGGUAGAGAAUCUGACUGCAACAUGUCAUAUUUUGGUGUUACAAUGCCAUGUGAGGUUAUUUUGUAGGUAACGUUAUAGGAAUUUACCUGGAAACGAUAGUGAUUUUGUUUGUCAGCAACCAAAGUAAAGUGUGGAUGUUGAAAUCAAGACAAUGCAGUCAAAUCGAGUCUGGAGUUUUCUUGUGGAUGCAUGAGUUACAUAAUAGUUAGUUCACAUUGUAAGUGGCAGGUCUACAAACAGUGAAAUGUUACUGCACUGAUGCAAGGCCAAAGGCAUGUUGUCCCUAUUAUCUCAUUUUUGUUGUGGGCUAAAUUUCUGUCUUCUGUUUCACAGGUUCAGCAAUCACAGGACCCGUGGCCAAGGAAUGCGCAGACCUGUGGCCCAGGAUUGCUUCAAAUGCUGGCAGCAUAGCAUGAUCCUUGACCCUGGCUUGUUGUUUUCAAUAAAAACCGUUGUAAAGUC